UGUGGCGGUAGGAAAAAGAAAGUAUUCCCCUAAGAUUUUGUUUAAAGCUGCUACGCUCUUGACUGUUUUCCCGUUAGAGGUGCUUUGCUCAUUCAUUCACCACACGUGUGUUCAGUUUGCUUACUUGUUGUUUUCAUGGUUUAAAUUACAGUUAGUUGUGUUUUACUACAGUUGCGUCACUUUGUUUUUGGUCUUUCUCGAUUUCAUGGAGUUUAUACUUAAACUAAUCAACUUGUAAUGACGUUAAAAUUACUUGCUUUUUUAAGUGAUAAGGUAUUUAAAAUGACAGGUGUGAGGCGCUGGACUGGGUCCGACACCCCCCCAGCCACAAAAAACAAAAAAAAGAAAAAAAGAUGAAAGGAAGGAGGGAGAUGUGGGUGGCCCAGGCAGGGUCACAGCCCACGGAAACUGCGCGGCGCAGGAGGAACAGUGUGGAACAACGCCGUGGAUCGUCGCGGGUGACGGUCCGUCUCGCACUUACCUCAGGAGAGCAGGUCACAGGUGUCCUCGCGCCUAACGGUGUGUGCUCUCGCGCCACAGCGGGUCUUCGCCUCAAUUAUCUGCGCGACAGCUGAGCUGGAGCGCGCGCCCCCUCUCUCUGCCCGCCCGGCCCGCGCGCCCCCCCUCGUCUCGUGCCCCCCGUCAGCAUGGAGGUGCUGCUCGUCUCCGCGCUCCUCACACUCGUCCUCAGCCCCGGUGUUAUUCUUGUGACUGUGAGCACAAGAAAGCCAAAAGUGGAGGUGCAGGAAAAUGAAGAUGCAAUACUUUACUGUGAAUUCAAGACAGAACACGACUCUAAUCCUCGGAUUGAGUGGAAGAGGAAGGACAAGGAUGUGUCUUUACUCUACUAUAAGAAACAGUUCAUGGGGAAUUUUGCAGGACGUGCGAAAAUUGAGGGUGCGACAGUAACUCUUCAAAAAGUGACCUACAAGGAUGCUGGAGUGUACCACUGUGAAAUCACUGCAUCUAUGGAUGAUGUCAAACUUGGAGAGACUAAUGUUACCCUCAGAGUACUAGUGGCACCAGGGAUUCCCAGCUGUGACAUUCCAAGCUUUGCGCUGUCGGGGUCCCUUGUUGAGCUGCAUUGCAAGGACAAGCACAGCGUUCCCCCUGCUACCUACAAGUGGUACAAGGACAAGAAGCUGCUUACCCCCAGUGGCUUGCCCAAUAUCUCGUACACCAUUGACCCUAAGACUGGCACCUUGCGGUUUAAAUCAGUGUCUCGGGCCAGCUCAGGAAAGUACCACUGUGAGGCCUCCAAUGGCAUAGGGAAACCCAAGACCUGUGAGGCCAAACACAUGAAGAUUGAUGAUCUCAACAUAACAGUCAUCAUUGCUGGAACUGUUGGGGGUUUCCUGCUCAUCUGCCUCUGUGUCGUGGGAGCUUGUUGUAUUCGCCGGAAGGGCUGCUGCCAAAACAACAGAGAAGGAAGAAACAACUACAACCCUGCCCAAGCUACGCAAGACUUCAGACAUACCCAGUCCUUUGUCCUGUGAACAACUGUCGACUGUGGCUCUUCGUAUGACAGUGGAAGAGCGAACCAUUAACACCUUAUGAAGCACAACUCCAGUGUCUUGUUCUCUUGGACAGCUGAAGGAUAAAAUGAAGGAACAAAUUAUAUAACCCAUUUCUCUGCACUUUGCAAUGUAUGGGGAAGGUCCCAGUUGUAAAAACUGCUCUCACGCUCCCUCUUUUGGCGAGAAUAAAACGAGUACGUACAGUAUUUACACAACCUCAUCAAUCAUGUUCAUGAAAAAACACCUCAUAAGCAACUGUGGUAAAUGUAUGGCUGAGUUCCAUAAUUAAGUAGGCAUAUGAUAUCACUGAAGAGGCUUGCCAAGUGAACAUAGAGGAAAUGGCAAUAAUGGAGGUACAAGACAAAUUUUUUAUGAAUUUUAUGAAUUUCGCAGACCUUCAACACCCUAACUUGUCUUUGGCUUCAGAACCACUGUUACUACAGAAAAUGUUAUUGUAAAUCACACACACACACACACACACACUGUCUGAAACCACUUCUCCCAAGUGGGGUUGCG